UGAUCGGGCCGUGUUUAUGAGGUCACCGCGGCGCAAGGUUCAGUCGUGGACCAGGCGGAGAUGACGCGCGCGCGGUGCUCGGGCUGCGCCCUGCUGGCGUUCUUGCUUUUGGUGCUGUGCCCCCUGGCCAUCUCACGCAACGAUGACGAUUUCGAUUUUGAUAGCAAUGACGAGUUCCAGGUUGAACUAACAGCGAACCAUUCAGAAAUAGCAAAAAAUGGCCUAAGAAGAUUAUGGGGUGUUCCCGACACAUCGGCCUACGUGGGGCAUUUGUUCCGUAUGGAGAUACCCAAAGAAGCUUUCUCCGGUGACGUAGUAGCUUACAAGGUAUACAGCAAGUCGUCUCGUCAGACGCCCAGCUGGCUGGCCGUGGACUCGCGGCACGGCCUGCUCAGCGGGCUGCCCCAGCGUGCGCAGCUCGGUGCGCACGCGCUCGCAGUUGUAGCGCACGGCCACACGCGUGGACUUACCGCCACUGACUACUUCACUAUAGAGGUGAAAGAAUCAAAUGAGAAGCCGCAAUCUAAAUACGGUUGGUGCCGUCACGAUGAGAACCGGCUGGUGCUGGUCAUCCUGGUCGACGGCGCCUUCCACCGCAUCCCGCCGCGACACCGCAUUCGUGCGCUCAUGGAUCUCGCCGCUUUUAUGGCUCUCGACGGGGACGAGUUCUCAAUGGAGCCAUACAAAGCGGAAUCGGUGCGUGGUCACGCUGUUCUGAUGAGCGGCGCGGGCACCACACAGCGCAAGCGCAGCGACGCCGCCACAGCCAUCUAUUUGAAUGUGGGUUGUAGCGACAAGUUGUGGUCGCGGCACAAGGUGCUGGUGGGCGGGCUGCGCGAGCAGGCGCGCGAUGGUACGCUGGCGCACUUGCUGCGCCUGCCCGUGCUCGGCUGGCGGCUGCUCUCAGUGCGCCCCACCAAGCCUGUAGUGCGACCUAAGAGACAGUCAUCUAUAGACGGUUCUGGAGCGUACGAUACAUACGAUGGUGAGGACGACGGCGCUGACUACAGCGGCGACUAUGACGACGAUGAUGACGACGAAGACUUCCCCAUUGACUCGCUUUCAGAGCCGCCCCCGGCGCACGCGCACCGCCACCACCACGGCGACAGCUGGCGCGCGCCACACACCACCACACACAUCUUUCAGACCCAGCCCGCAACAGAACUCGCGCCGCGGGAACCACCCCCACCCCCACCACAACCACAACCUGUCCCCCUGCCUCUCCCCCUCCCGCAACCAACCCCCGACACUACAACCGAACCCACCACUGCAGCCGCCACAGAGGAAACCACCCCCGAGCCCGUCACCACUAAUACGUACACAACAGAGGUAGUGAAAAUAACACCAUAUACAGAGGCGGUAUCGGAAUCAAGCGAAGUAAAUAAGGUGGAUCUAGGACUUGAGGAAGCUCGUAAGUUCCUCCACUCGCCUGUCAUCAUAUCACCUGAAGAUGCGUCUACUACUACAGAACCAGAAAUGCAAACUGUAAUAAUACGAGCGUCAAACGAACUGCCGCCGCCCUCCUCGGAAACGCCGACCACGCCGACAUCGGUGACGUCACCUUCGCCGUCACCCACCGACUUCGCCCCCAGCGAGACCACCACGCCGACAACUGUCUCCACCACGCAGUCCACCACGACUACCACCACUACAACCACCACGACGACAACGACGACGCCGGCGCCGACCACGACCGCCCCGCCGUCCACCACACCGCCUACGACCACGCCCCUCAUAAUUACGACCCCGCCCACAACCACGCCCCUACCGGAAACCACUCUACAGGAGGUUACAAAACAGGAGUUGCCGCUGUCGUCAGAGCGCAGCAGCACAAUAGUGGGGCGCACCACUGAGACUGUCACCUUCCCCAUGCCCCCCAACCAGCCGCCGGCACUGCGCUACCACAUGAAGAAGCUCGCCAUCACCGCAGGCAAGGCUUUCAGAUACAUAAUCCCGGCGGAUCUGUUCUCUGACCCGGAGGAGGGCAGCAACCUGACAUUUACGAUGUACGACUCUGACAAUGUGCCGCUGUCCCCCAACUCCUGGAUACAGUUCAUACCGGCCAAGAGGGAGGUCUACGGAUUACCUUUAGAAUCCCACGUAUCCAGAUGGAACUUCAGAGUUGAGGCUCAAGACAGCGAGGGUUUGGUCGCGAGAGGUCCAUUAGACAUCACAGUCCAGCAGCACAGAGGUGGUAGGACCAUCAAUCACCAGUUCAUCAUGCAGUUCAAACUGCUGAAGAAAUACACGAACGCCAUCGACUGGCAGAUACGAGCGCUGGAGGGUAUCGUCAAUCUCUUCAGGGACACGGAUAUGGACCAUCUGACUGUCCUCAAUGCGACUGUCACCGGAGACCUCUGCGAGUACGUCUGGACCAAUGACACCCUGCCUAAAGAUCCCUCGUGUCCCAUGGAUGACAUCAAGAGGCUCAUGAAGAUAAUGGAGUCAGAGACGGAGGCGGGCGCGCCGUCUGCGGCGCUGGUGCGGGCGAUGUCGCCGGAGCUGGGGGCGGUGCGCGUGCGCUGGGCGGGGGCGGGGCCGGGGGCGGGGCGGUGCGCGCCCGCCCAGCCUCGCCCGCACGACACCUACCCGCCUGUCACACGCAACCAGGUCGACCAUCUCACCGCCACUGUCGGACAUCUGCUCGUAUAUAAAGUACCAGAGGAUACGUUCUUCGACCCGGAGGAUGGUGGUACCCGCAACCUGGCGCUGUCACUGAGACGCGCUGACCGCUCGGAGCUGGCGCCGACUCAUUGGUUGCAGUUUGAUCCCCGCAACCAGGAGUUCUACGGCCUCCCCGCCGCCGACGACGAGGGCACCGUGCACUACCAGCUCAUCGCGGAAGACUCUAGCAAGAAGAGCGCUUACGACAGUCUGAUAGUGGAAGUAGUGAAGGCGCCCACCAUCCGGCCCACUGUGGAGUUCCACAUGACGCUGGACAACCCGUACUCCUCACUCGCCACCAGCGCCCGCAACAAGCGACGUCUGGUCGAGCGCCUCGCCAACCUCUUCCACCAGCACCACACCGACAACAUCCGGGUGCAUGCCAUCACCGACAACCCCACCACCAUCGUAUGGUAUAACACCAGUUUACCAAUGGACAGAUGUCCUAAGAAAGAAAUCGAGGAAUUACGUAACAUGAUAAUAGUAGACGAGAGAGGUUCUAAUGGCGGCAACCUUCGAGAGAGAGUCGAUACAAUAUUUGACAAAGAUUUCAACGUUAUGUCCAUCCGACUAAUAUCACAAGGCCUCUGUGCAGAACAGAAUACUAAGAUGUCGAAGGGCGGGCUGGGACCAAUUAAUACUGGUACCAACUUACAGAACAAAGCCAGUAAUGCAGAUCCGGAGUACUCAGAUUAUUUGGUGACAUUCGUAAUUCCAGCUGUAGUUAUUGUAUGUAUGAUUCUUGUUGCUGGUGUCAUCGCCUGCGUACUCUACAAACGAAGACGUACAGGUAAAAUGAGCGUCGGAGAUGAAGAGGAACGUCAAGCAUUCCGCUCGAAAGGCAUCCCGGUGAUCUUCCAGGACGAGCUGGAGGAGAGAGGUGACUCUGAACCCGUCCACAAGAGUCCUGUCAUCAUGCGCGAGGAGAAGCCGCCUCUGCUUCCGCCCGCGCCCGACUACCGGGCGGGUGAAGACGCGCCCUACCGCCCGCCCCCGCCCUUCGCCGCCUCGCGCACGCCCCCGCGCCCCAAAGCCACGCCCACCUACAGGAAGCCGCCGCCCUACGUCCCGCCUUAAGUCUCCGCCACGCCUACCUCUCACAACUUAACAUCGGGUUUCCUCAACCUUCAUUUAAACUUAUGUGAAACGCGUUUAUUUUAAUGUUCGCUUCAUUAACUACGGAGACAUCUUACCUAGUCGAUAUUCAGCUAUAACUAUUUUAUUUAUACGGUCCUUUUAUAGAUUUGAUUCAAACAAUCUCUGAUGAAAAUUAGAAACGAUUUAUUCCUUACAUUUGUGUAAGAUCGUUUGAACUUGAUUUUUUAUAUUUAUUUGUAAACUUUUAAUCGUAAUUCGUCAUUUAUUCUUAUGAAAUUUAAAAGGAAAGCUAAGAAUGCAUUUAUUAUAUGAAUUAAGGUGACCUCAUAUCGUAAAGGAAGGAAUUGUGCACAAUUUUGUGACUACGAAUUUCUUAUACAACGUAAGUUAUGUCGCGUAGUUUUCAAAUAGUUAAAUCGCGUCGUUUAAAUAUACAAGAACUGAAACUUCACAAUGAAAUAAUUAUAAUAGUUAUUGUUGAAGUAGGAAUAUAGUUAGAAGUACGGACCGUUUGAAUACCAAAUAUUUUGUAUAGAUAGACUCUUAC